AUGUCCCCUCCAUCUUACCUCUCACUUUUCCACCCUCCCUCUACCCUCACGACGUCUCACAGCUCUUGCAUCUCCUUCUCGCGCGCCCAUUAUGCGAACACCCAGGACUUCAUUUCCUCUGCGGCCGCUGCUGCCGUCCAAAACCUCCUCCCUCGAUUUUUCCCAAUCGCUCUCGGAAUCACGACGGGGCAAAAGUGGAAUUACGAGUAUCAGUUUACGGGUGCGUACUUCGUCUCUCUUCCACAGCCACCCUCCCUCAAUCGCCGUUUGUUCGAUCGUUCUCCGUCUGCUCCCGCGCCCUCCCACCACGCAGGCACGCAAGUCACCGUCUACGGCGCCGUCAUCCCCUGGAUCUCUGGCCCAUUGGCGGCAGCUAAGUACACUGUCGACGGCGCGAACCAAAACGUAUUUUCCAUCCCGAACGCGACCGUCUCCCAGAUCGACAUCGUCUUCUAUCAGUCCCCCACACUCGCGUAUGGCACGCACACCCUCACCGUGAACGUCACCGACGCGUCCUCCACCGUGCCGUACCUCCUCGACUAUCUCCGCGACGGUGAAUACGAUCUCGACCUCGAGCAACGCGGGCGCGACCGGCUCUCCGCACGUAACGGUCGAAGGAGAUACCACAGGACCCUCGAGGCCGUCGACAGGCGUGAUCGUGGGCGGCGUCGUGGCGGCGUCGCCCUCCUCGCCGCGAUCGCGAUCACCCUCUACUGGUGGUUCUUCCGGCGACACCGCAAAUUCUACGGCCGCUCCGCGUACGCGUACGGGCGCCCGGGCAGUAUGUCGACGUACGCCGCGGACGACCGCCCGCUGUCGCAUAUGACGACCCAUUUGCUCCCCCAAACCGCCGGGGCAAUCAUAACGUUUGCCGCCGCCGCCAUCUCCGUACCCCAAAAUCUCUACUCUGGCGCUGCCGCGUCUUUGUACACCGGCUCCGGUGCAGCGCUCGCUGCUAAUGCCUUCGCCGGCGCAUCCUCCGCGUCCGCGUCUGGGUCGAGCGCGGCUGCGCCGCCGCCGACCGCGAGCGCGCCGUCAAGUUCGAGUUCGCAUUCGAACUCUCGCGCGACCGUGGUCUCGAGCGCGGCACGCGCCAAGGCCGCGGAAGCGGCCGCUGAGUCCGCGGCGGCGGCCCCGCGCGCCCGAGGCCCAUCCCUGAUGGUCGUGAACCCUGCGACAGCACCAGACGAUUCUGGGGCGCUGCUCAGCCGCGCGACGACGAUAGUGCCGCCACCGUACUCGCCAUGA